CUUUUCUCCGCCUGAUUCACUGCUAGUUCCUUGCUCGUCCACACAGACUGGUCCGACUGGUCCGACUUCCAGCUGCGACAAGCGAGUAGCGGUACGACCACCACCGGCAUCCCGUUCUUGUGUGCUCUCUUGCAAAGCCCAUGCUCCCAAGGGACUCAAGAAUUCAAGGCUACCCAUCGGCUCUUUUCUACAUAUUGGAUGGGUAUCCCACCCCGCACAAAAAUAUCGAGUCUCGAGACGCUGGUUACAUGUUGUAUACCUGGCAGUCCCCAGCCUGCCCAAAACCAUUGCUAGCAAUUGUUUGGAUCGGGUCUCGAGAAUGAACCCCACGGCAGCUACAUACUUUCCGCUUCGGUAUGCCGGCGUCCGGUCGCCUCCAUAUCGCAUCUGUCCCAGGACCAAUCCGAUCUAGGACUGCGGGCCCUGGCUUCUUCUAUGGGGGACGAGGCUGUGGAGUUGUCUGUACCUCCUCGCAGACAGUCCUUUUCGAUGUGGAUCGAGACUCUCUACGCGUGACGAAUGGGAUGCUGUCGCGGCUCUGGAUACCAGCAAUGCUGUGGCACCUUGCGUCUGCUUGCAACAUCCGGCGGAUACAGGCUUCUCUUCCAAUGCCCCGACGUGCUGCGUACAGCCGUGACAGUGACAGCUGGAGCUGUCUUACAACGGCGUGUAAAGGCUUUUGGAAGGUCACCCUUCUCGCUCGGUAACACGUCUAAGACCUCAACAGUAUUUUACACAUCUGAACUGUGAUGCUCCCGGCUGGCAGACUGGCAGUCGGGGCCUCCUUGGACUGGACUGGGCAUCAGUCUGCUUGUCCCUGAUAUUUCCCCAAUGAUGGUACUGUCUUCGAGUGGCUAUGAACGCCAAGUUUGGCAGGGGGUGUGUCGAAUACACUAAUACCAGAUUAUGGGGGGCUCUGGUCAUCACUUGAACCGGUAGAUUGUCUCGGCAUAUCCGGUCAAUCUUUCAGUCUUGCAAACCGGCCUAGGUUGCUCUUAAAUUGGGGGCGGGCCUUUCCACCACCCUCUGCCGGCGCGGCAUUGCGAGAACUGUGAUCGGCGAGGUCUGCUAUGACUGCUGCGAUAGGUUCACUUCUCCUGUCCGCUGGCGACUUCACUGGGCCUUCUUCGGGCUCUGUGCAUCCGUUUGAGGCACCAUACUGUCUGUGUUGGGCAGAACACUGUUGCGUAUUGGCUCAGCGGGUGCUCACAGAAGUCGUCGCCGCGGGCUUUAAGCAUGCCUAAGCGGCCGAGAGUCGAGGGCUCCAUGUAGCCCUAAACAUACGACAAGAAGCUGUCGCCUGAGUUUGGGCGAAAUGGGGCCGCCCAAUCUUCGUCAAUGCCGAAGCAGGGUAUACAGCACGGAGCUGGCCAGAGGAUUGCACCUCUUUCUGGUUCUGCUCACUAUCUGUCGCCAGCCUUUGCGCCACAUCUUUUUUGAACUUCAUCACUUCGCUGGCUGACUUUGACUCGUCCAGUUGACAGUAUGUCAAAUUUGUGCCGGCUCGCUCUCCCUUCCCUGUCCUAGCCACCUGAAGGGCGAUAACAGAAGAAAAUAUUUUUGUUGAGAGGAAGGAUGCCUGAUCGCCAACGUGGACAGCAGGUCAGCAAAACACCUGUACUUCUUUCGGACACUUUUUCGGUGCAAACUUGUACAAGGUCAAGCUCGUGGGUGGGCAAGGCACAGUGCAUUUGACAGAUGCUCUUUUCCGCUGUAUUGCGGCGAAUCUCGGCGGAGAAUAUUGCGGAAAAAGAUUUUGCUCCUGUCUUUCUCUCGGGCUUCUCGAAGAGGCAUGGAAUAUCACGGAAUCGAGUUGCAAUAUGGCCAUUUCGAUUGGGAAAGUUAUGGGUGCCUGGCAACCCCUCUUGGUUCCUGGGCUGGGAUGACUUCAAAGCAAUCAAUUUGACAGGCAAUACGGUCGUCGGGGCGUCCUUCUAAAACAAGUCAUAUGACGGCCUAUUAUUACGCAUCAGCAGCAAGAGAUCCAAAUACUGACGGGCUCUUCAUCCCCUGAAACGAGCUAUCAAAACACGUCCUAGCGACAGAGGUAAAGCGGCCACGUGUGUCGAGUCAGUUAAUCACUUGGGAUUGCGGUGCUAGAUGAGACGACGAUGAUGCUCCCUAUUUUCUCUUUGUUACACGCUCACAUCGACGGAGUAGCCAAAUAAGCCAACAAUCUCAGCGGCAACCCUUCUGCAGCCAUCCGACAGUCUCCCUCCUGCCCAGGGCUUCUCGAACAAGGCCUGUCCCUGCGAGAAGUUCAUGGACCGCACUUGCCUCCCCAAACCUCUUUGUUCUGCCUUUGGCGGAACAUGUAGACAACUUCCGGGUGCCUUUUGGUGUUGAUAUCCACUUGAGGCACAAACACCUCUGGGAUGUGUUGUGUUAGCUUCACUCGACUCCAGUCUUUCUCGCAGAUUGUCUGGAACCGCAAAAGUUUACGAGGGCCAAUACCGAAAACCUUGUUCUUGGAAAGUGUGGCUAUCUUACGGCUCUCUCAACAGUGUGUUCCCACAAUCCUGCCGCAUAUCUGGACCUAUGAUCUCGUGCCGAACAUAGCCCGACAGGAGACACAGUCACCAAAACCAUAGUGGCACCCCAAUCCAGCCGGUCUGCCUCGCCGCCUGGCUCUGGAUGUUCCAGUUAUUCUCAGCGUGCUGCCAUCGUUUGAACCAUCAUUCAUCGGGCUAUCGACCGCCUUUUCCCCGUCAUUUCUCAUAUUUGGGCUCUCGCUCAGGUGAGCAAAGAGCGGUGGGAAGACCAAACAAACCCCUACUCGCCAGGAAGUCGAAUCCCUGGAUGCCCCGGACAAAGGAAUCACAUCGAGAACGCUGCGCGGACGAAAUCUGUCUCUCGCGGCUGCAUGACACUGCGUGCCGGUGGUUAAGAAAAGAAAGGCAACACCCGAGCUCCCUGUUGCUGUGUGCGAGCCUCAAGGAGUAUUUACAGGCUUCCCAGCUUGCGAGGGUGCUCUGCGUGGGCUUUGUUGUUUGUAGCCUGAAAGGGAAUGGGUUUCCAACAUCAAGUCUCUCUCAGCCACAGACGCAAGCACUGUCUGACUUGGUGAUUGUGUCCCCUCCAGUCGCUAGGCCUGCCACCCUUAUUACCCCUCCCAUCUCUCUCCCCAAGAGUUGCAGUGGUAGCGAGCGAGGCACGCGAGACAUCUCCACAACAUAUCACCGCCAUGGUAUCAGUAGCCUCUCUUCUUAACCCGGAGCCUCCUCGGGCUCCGUUGCCACGUUCUCGACCCAGUCAAUUCGCUUCACCUUCAGCUCGUCCAGCUGUCGCCUUUACAUCAGGACCAUCACCCGACAGGCCAGGGACCAGGACAGCAAACAUGCAAGACGAUCCCAGACCAGCUCGACAUGCAGUCAGAGGCAUGAUCAACUAUCCACCGUUCGAGGACCUGGAUGCAGCCUCGCUCCACGAGGUCCACAGGUUCCAUGUGUCAGAUCUGCGGGAGAUUCAGAGCAACUGCCGCCGGAUUCCUUACCACAGCCAAAAGAAAGACUUCUAUCAGAAGACCGGGCGAGAAAGCUUCGAAGUUUUCGAGUACUCUUUUAGACUUCCCAGGGACAGUCGCCUUCGAUCAGACAACACUUACACCGUCAUGUGGGAUUACAAUGUUGGCCUCGUGCGCAUGACUCCAUUCUUCAAGUGUCUUGAAUACGGGAAGACUACUCCUGCGAAAAUGCUCAACCAGAACCCGGGGCUCAAGGACAUUACGCACAGCAUCACUGGGGGAUCUAUUAUCGCCCAAGGCUACUGGAUGCCAUACUCCUGUGCCAAGGCUGUCUGUGCAACAUUCUGUUACCAGAUUGCAGGUGCCUUGAUUCCCCUAUUCGGCCCAAGUUUCCCCUCGGAGUGCAUUCGGGAAGGUAUGCCUGGCUACAAACACAUGGUCAUCGAUCCCGACAUCAUUGCCAAAGCUAGGCUGGAGGCAAGGCGACUGCUACAUCUUCCAACACCACGCAGUGGCCCUCUACUCAGUCCACGCAUGUCUCGCAGCGUCAGUCCUCGACCAUGUCCACGACCGCCCCGGCUGGCCGCUGAGCCCUACAGCAACCGGAUAGACUACGAUCGACCGAUGCCUUUGAGUCCGCAUAGUAACGCAGACCACGAAUUCUAUGCUGGAUCGCCUGAUAUCUACAGUCGUAAUACACCCACCGAGUUCAUGUCCGGCGGAUAUGGGACUGGUAUCCGUCCACCACCAAUGAACACUCCAACAAGAUGGAUUCCAGUAAACCUUCCACGGCCGUAUUCAUCGUAUCGCUCUGAUCCAUCUACUGAACGGGAGCAGCGUCGCCCGCAGCAUCAACACCAUCAAUAUCCGCAACCGUGGACAAGGAACAACAUUGAAGACAAGUCCUACGGAUCUCGAGCCAAUCCAUGGCUCUCGGCAGUUCCACGUAUUCCAUCACCAUACCCUCAACGCGCCGUACGGUCCCCCACCAUUCAAAAUACUACUGCACGACCAUACGAGCGUCCCACGCAUACGCUACCACCCAUUCGAAGUCUCUAUCAAAGCCUUGGUGCGAAUAAACGGACAUUUGAUCAGAUCGAGCGGCCUACAAGCAGUCACUCCACGCCCGCAACUGACCAAAGACCGGAUAUUAGUCCUUACCCCAAACUCCGUGGUCUUCCUCCCGCCUCGCGAUCCCUAAGCCCGAGUAUGCAAUCAGUUAGGCCGGCUUCGGAGGAGGAUGCUGCGCUAACACUGAUGCGACUUUGCGAAAAAACGAGCAAGCAGGAGGAGAAACAGGAGCGAGUGCAGAGACAAGAUGAUGCCAUUCCGGAGAGUUCAGGUGUGGGACCAAAAGGCGAGAGCAAUACUAUUUCCAGCAGCCUGGUAACGAAUAUCGGCAGUCCUACGUGCAGCAGCGGCGGCCAGACAAGGGUAUGGAGCGAGGAUGCUGAUUUGAAGAUGGAGCACGCCAGCACACCGUCAUCUCCACAUGCUGGUGACGCCAAUGUGACUUCCACACCCAAUUCACUGGCCACCAGGUCCGUGUCCUCCUCCUCUGACGCCGACGAUGAAGACAAUGAUGAUUGCAACGACGAUGUAAGUCCCAGGCGCAGGGGAGCGUCAAAGAGGAGGAGGGUUCUGAGCUGAUGUGAUGAAAUUUGGCUGCUGCUCUCGAUGUUCAUUUUACGCUACACUGCCAGUAUUCCUGGGGUUUUGCUCAAGUCAUUAUCCACUUCUUUCUCAUCUUCCACAUGUCACUACUUCAUUUUUACCUAAAUAGCCAACACCACCUGCCAUGUGGGUGGGAUUUGGGGAGCCAGGUCUCGGGCUGGUUUUGUCGGGUAUGGAUUUCAUGGUAUGAGCAAAGGGUUGAGGGAAAUUUCUGGUGUUUCGAGGCAAUGGGACAAGAAAAGAAAAAGGAGGCGCUUCGGUUUGGGGGUUUUUUAUCCACAAGGCGGUUGGCGAGCAUUGAUAUUGGAAUGUUACUGCUUGUUCUUUGCAUAUUUUACCUGAGUUCAUGGCUAUGCUUAUCGGUCUUUUCUUGUUUUCUUUCCUUCGUUUUCAUAAUUCUUGAAUAUUUGGCAUUGCCGCUGGGGAAGUUUUUUGGGUGAGGAACAGAAAACGAAAAGCUAGACACCGCCGGGCAAACACGAAGAGGACUUUGGCCCGGUGUGUAUGUGUGUGUGUAUGUGUGUGUGUGUGUGUGGGUGGGUGUGGGUGGGUGCUUCUUUUGACAAUACCAAUUAGAUGGGGUUAUCUAGCGAGUAGCGAAAGCAAACAUACAAACAAUCGAUCGGUUCUCUUUCUCUGG